AUGACAUCUCCGCAUAAUAUUGAGUUGGAGGCAGCUAAGUUUCUGCACAAGCUCAUUCAAGAUUCGAAAGAUGAACCUGCAAAGCUAGCAACAAAACUUUAUGUGAUAUUGCAGCACAUGAAGACCAGUGGAAAGGAGCACUCAAUGCCAUAUCAAGUCAUAUCAAGGGCCAUGGAGACUGUCGUCAAUCAACAUGGUCUUGACAUUGAAGCUUUGAAAUCAUCACGACUUCCUCCUGCUGGUGGUACUCAAAUGGAAGAUUCUGGGUCUGCACAUUUGGCAGGAUCUUCUUCCCAAGUCGUUGGAGUUAGCAACGAGUCCAAAGCAAGUCUAGUUGAAAAUGAGAUGUCAAAAUAUGAUGCAUUCACUUCUGGUAGGCAGCUUGGUGGAUCAAACAGUGCAUCACAAGCAGUUUACCAAGGGUCUGGAACUCGAAGUAAUAGAUCAUUUGAUCAUGAGAGUCCAUCCAGCUUGGAUUCUAAGUCGGGAAAUUCUCAAUCUCAUGAUAGGAGUGAGACAUUGAAUCAAAGAGAUGCCAAGUCAAGUGCAAAGAGAAAGAGGGGUGAAUCAUCAUUUUCAUGGGACCAAAAUAUGGAUAAUUCUCAAAUAUUUGAUAGUCAUGGGACAGUUGAUGAUCAGACUAGAAAAGUAAGCAAAGUGGAAAUGCCUGGCAAUUCAGGUGUCAUUGAGAAUUUGCAUGUCGGAGUGUCAGAUGCAUACACGACUCCCCAGAGUGGCUGGCAAAACAGUGAAGUCACAGCAAUCAGGCCUCCUGCUCUUAGAGAUACUGGAAAAUCUGUCGCAGCAGAUGAUUCAUUGCCUUCAGGUCCGCUAUUUAAAGAGCAACAAUUGAAGCAGCUCAGAGCCCAGUGUCUUGUGUUCUUAGCUCUCAGAAAUGGUUUGAUGCCAAAGAAACUGCACAUCGAUAUCGCCCUUGGAAAUAUUUUCCCCAAAGAUGAUGGUUUCCGCAGAGAACUGUUUGAUCAGAAAGGAAGAACACAUUCUCUUAGUGAAUCGGGUAGCAUUCACGAAGUCUUGGCUCCAUCAGCAAGAAUGGAUAAUCCCACUGGAAGAUUGGCUGAAAUGGACUUUUCAUCAAAAGAAACAGAGAUACCACGAUUAGAAGAAAAAUUCUCAAAUACUGUAUUUUCCGAUGGACAAAAGCUUCUUCUGGCAUCUAAAGUUCCAGACUCUCAUGUGCAAAAUCAGACUUCUGGUAAUCACUCUGAGCUGGGUUCUUCUUCAGGUGGUCUAACCAAACACUCACCGUCCGAAAUGGUGGGGUGGGCCGGAAUUAUUAACCGUAAUGAUGUCUCAACUUCCGCUAUUCAGCUCGACGAAUUAUAUGCUUCAGAUCAAGAGGAAGGUAACAUGCAACCAUCGCCCAAGUUCACCAUGUCACAGAAAUGGAUUAUGGAUCGACAGAAUAAGAGAGUUAUGGCUGAUCGGAGUUGGGGUCUUAAACAGCAGAAAGCAGACCAGGCAAUAUGUGCACGGUUCAAUGAGUUGAAGGAAUCUGUUAGCUUGUCGGAGGAUAUAUCUGCAAAGACCAAGAGUGUUAUAGAACUGAAAAAGCUUCAGCUGUUGAAUCUUCAACGGCGCUUGAGGAGUGAGUUUCUUUACAACUUCUUCAAGCCUAUUGCUACUGAUGUUGAGAAUCUAAAGUCAUAUAAGAAACAUAAGCAUGGUCGGAGAAUUAAGCAGCUUGAGAAGUAUGAGCAGAAAAUGAAGGAAGAGCGACAGAGGAGAAUUCGUGAGAGGCAGAAGGAGUUCUUUGGGGAGAUAGAAGUUCACAAGGAAAGGCUAGAUGAUUUAUUCAAAAGUAGGAGAGAGAGGUGGAAGGGUUUUAAUAGAUAUGUGAAGGAGUUCCACAAAAGAAAGGAACGCUUUCAUCGCGAAAAGAUUGACAAAAUUCAAAGGGAGAAGAUUAAUUUGUUGAAGAUUAAUGAUGUGGAGGGUUAUCUACGUAUGGUGCAGGAUGCCAAGUCAGAUCGAGUAAAGCAACUUCUCAAAGAGACAGAGAAGUACCUUCAGAAACUUGGAUCUAAGUUGAAGGAGGCAAAAUCUUUGGCCAGUCGAUUUGAGAAUGAGGCAGAUGAGACACACACGUCAGCCGCCGUUGAGGAUGAAACUUCGGUUGAAAACGAAGAUGAGAGUGACCAGGCAAAGGCAAGUCAUCUUUCCCAAGAUAUUAUUUUCUUUCACUACCUGGAAAGCAAUGAAAAAUACUAUUUGAUGGCUCACAGGUACCAAAUGAAUGGGCUAAGGUGGCUUGUUUCCUUGUACAACAAUCAUUUGAAUGGCAUUCUAGCUGAUGAGAUGGGUCUCGGGAAAACUGUUCAGGUUAUUUCGUUGAUUUGCUAUCUGAUGGAGACAAAAAAUGACAGAGGUCCCUUCUUAGUUGUUGUGCCAUCCUCGGUUCUGCCUGGCUGGGUGUCAGAAAUUAACUUCUGGGCACCGACAAUUCAGAAAAUUGUUUAUUGCGGCCCUCCAGAGGAGAGACGCAAGCUAUUCAAGGAGCAAAUUGUUCAUCAGAAGUUCAAUGUCCUUCUGACAACAUAUGAAUAUUUAAUGAACAAGCAUGAUAGGCCUAAAUUAAGUAAGGUCCACUGGCAUUACAUUAUUAUUGACGAAGGACAUCGCAUAAAGAAUGCGUCUUGCAAGCUAAAUGCAGACUUGAAACACUACAUUAGCUCCCACCGACUCCUCUUAACCGGGACGCCGUUGCAGAACAACCUGGAAGAAUUGUGGGCUCUGCUUAAUUUUUUGUUGCCUAAUAUAUUCAACUCGUCAGAAGACUUUUCACAGUGGUUCAACAAACCAUUUCAAAGCAAUGGAGAUAAUUCUGCUGAAGAGGCGUUGCUAUCAGAAGAGGAGAAUCUGCUGAUAAUCAAUCGCCUUCACCAGGUUCUUCGACCAUUUGUGUUGCGGCGGCUGAAACAUAAGGUUGAGAAUGAACUUCCUGAAAAGAUAGAGAGACUCAUACGAUGUGAGGCUUCUGCAUAUCAGAAGCUGUUGAUGAAGAGGGUUGAGGAUAAUCUGGGCUCUAUUGGAAACGUGAAGUCUCGUGCUGUGCACAACUCAGUAAUGGAGCUACGGAAUAUUUGCAAUCAUCCAUAUCUCAGCCAACUACAUACAGAGGAGGUCAAUAGCUUAAUUCCUGAGCAUUUUCUGCCCCCAAUAAUAAGACUGUGUGGGAAGCUGGAGAUGUUGGACCGGCUCUUGCCCAAACUCAAAGCAACAGACCAUCGGGUUCUCUUCUUUUCCACAAUGACUAGGCUUCUUGAUGUUAUGGAGGAUUACCUCACCUUCAAGGGAUACAAAUACCUUAGGUUAGAUGGGCACACAUCUGGGGGUGACCGCGGUGCUCUUAUAGACGGUUUCAACAAGUCUGAUUCACCAUUUUUCAUAUUUCUUUUGAGUAUACGGGCUGGUGGAGUAGGAGUUAAUCUUCAAGCGGCUGAUACGGUGAUAAUAUUUGACACCGACUGGAAUCCUCAGGUUGAUCUACAAGCUCAAGCAAGGGCUCACAGGAUUGGCCAGAAAAGAGAUGUUCUAGUUCUUCGUUUUGAAACGGUCAAUACUGUCGAGGAGCAAGUCAGAGCUUCAGCUGAGCAUAAACUUGGAGUCGCUAACCAGAGUAUAACUGCUGGCUUCUUCGACAAUAACACAAGCGCUGAAGACCGUAAGGAAUAUUUGGAGUCCCUGUUGCGUGAGUCAAAGAAAGAGGAGGCUGCUCCAGUGUUGGGCGAUGAUGCCUUAAAUGAUCUUAUAGCCCGCAGGGAGUCUGAGAUCGAUAUCUUUGAAUCCAUCGACAAACAAAGAAACGAAGAUGAGAUGGAAACAUGGAAGAGCUUGGCGCAGGGUCCAGGGUCAAAAAGUUUUGCACCUAUACCACCUAUCCCCUCUCGCCUUGUUACUGAGGAUGACUUAAAACUGCUAUAUGAAGCAAUGAAAGUAAAUAAUGUCCCGAUGGUUGCAGUAGAAUCAAAUGUUGGCAUGAAGCGGAAGGGGCAAGCGAGCUUUGAUACUCAGCAUUAUGGAAGAGGCAAGCGAGCAAGAGAGGUUCGAUCUUAUGAAGAGCAAUUGACAGAGGAGGAGUUUGACAAGAUGUGCCAGACUGAGUCAACCGAUUCUCCCAGAGUUAAGGGAGAAGGAAAUGAAAAGAGCAUGGCAAAUGAUACAUCAAAUAUUCUGGCUGGAAACACUGGUGAAAAGAGCUUGUCAGAUGAUACAUCAAAUAUUCUGGCUUUAAACACUGGUGAAACGAGCUUGGCAAAUGAUAAAUCAGAUAUUCUGGCUAGAAACACUGGUGACACAAUGCUUCCCACAUCUCCGGCAGUGGCUCUGACUUCACAAUCUGUGGAACCUCCGCAGACAUUACAAAAGCCACUAAAAGAAGUAACAGAACCUGUAAAACGGGGCCGUGGUAGGCCAAAAAGAGCUGAUAAAACUUCAAAUCAAUUAUCUGUAUCAGUUCCAGGCAGGAAACAUGCAACAGGAGAUGCUAGAUCAUUGGCAAUUAUUGAUUCUGGUGUUGCUAUCCCUGGAGGAAAGGAUGAAACAGCUUCUCAUUCUGGUGUUGCUAUCCCUGGAGGAAAGGAUGAAACAGCUUCUCAUUCUAGUUCGUCUCGUCCCCUAACUUCGCCUGAUUUAUCUGUUCCUCCGGGUUUUCAAUCACUUCCACCCUCUAAUUCUGCUCCAAUGCCAACAAGAGGUCGGGGCAGGGGAAGAGGCAGGGGACGUGGUACAGGAAGGGGAAGGAGAGUGGAAAGUAUGUUGCAUGGUACUGACGUUUCCGUAGGUAUUGAUUCAAAGACCAAUCCUCUGAGUACUCUGAGAACUGAUACUGCCGCAUCUCUUUCUGGUGACCCCGUGGCGCCUACUUUAUUAAAUGUUCCUGUCUCGGCGGCUGAGAUCAAUGCAAAAGUCUCUAAACCUAUUGAAGGAAGUACUUCAAACCUUGAGCCAGCACCUUACGUGCAUUCCAAUACUACUGCAGUGCAGCCCUCUCCUGCUGUGUCUUUACAGGAAAAUAGUUCGCAGUGCAUUACAAAAAAGCCAAACAUAGCAGCAGAUCUUGAUGCACCACCUGGUUUUGGUUCUGGAUCAGAUGUUCAGUCACUAAAUAUGUUGGAGGAUUCCUUGGGAAAAGAAACAGCUGCUGUUAAGAACAAGCCUCAUAUUCCAGAUGUGAGAAAUAUUCAGGGUUCAGGGGUUGAAAAACAGCCAGUUCACUUACCAAGCUCUACCAGCUCUAUUUCUUUAGGUCGUCUUUCAGGUCAAAAUCAGAGAGCCAUCUCUUCUGUACCGGAAAGUCCUUCGAUAGCCUCGGUUGAGACUGGAAGAAAUAAAAUUCCAGAGGGUCAAAAUUCUACAGCUUCGGCUACUGUGACAACUGCACCUUCAGAUGCUAAUCAGCCAUCGAGUGCCCUAGCUGUUUGUUCCACUGUUGAAGCUCAAGGCGCCAGUGUUCUUUCUCCCCCUGCGACCAUGCCUGUUAAGAAGCAAGGUCGCAAGAUGCCAAGCAGGGGAGAUACUCCUAGACGCCGAGGAAGAAGACAUGCACAAGCUUUACCUGCUGUCGAUGGCUCUUCUGCACGGAGUACAAGAUCAACACCACAAAUUGAUUUUAAGGCUGGUGAUUCAUCAGGCUCCAAAAUAAUAUCAGUUGGAAAUAAAUGUGAUGCUGUUGCCCAAGAACAACCCCAUUUCAGCCAGGAAAGAAGAAAAGAAACAUCAGGUAGUGGUGGUUCUGGAAGGAAACAAACUGCUGAUGUGACUGAUGUUGCUCGUGUCAUGAAGGAGAUAUUUUCGGAGACUUCCGUGAUAAAACAUAAAGUUGGGGAGCCUUCUGAAACAACGGGAACAAAUGAGACUGACACGCAAUCCCCAGGUGGGAUGGAUUCGCACACAGUAAAGACCAGCAAGGCAGAGAAUGUGAUCCAACCUACCAACCAAAACUUGGGAGUAGCAACAUUUAUUUCCAAUAUUUCAGUCGAAAAGCAAAAGUCUGGGUCUUCAGUGAUGAUUGAUGAGAUUAUCAAACCUUCUCCUAACUUUGAGGCUUCUGCUUCUCAGUCUGAUGAUAUAACACCUCAAGAUAUGAUACUCGCAGGAUCAAAAAUUCCCGUGGGUGGAGAAUUGGUUGAGACAAACCUGAAAGUAGCAACAUCAGAUGAUCCAAACGUGGGAGUAGCAACAUCUGUUUCCAAUGUUUUAGAAGAAAAUAAAGUCUCUGAGUCUUCGUUGAUGAUUGAUGAAAUUGAAAAACCUUCACCCAGAUUGGAGGCUCUUGCUAAUCAAGAUACUAUGCACAGUAGCUCAAAAGAUCCUGUGGGUGGAAAGUUGGUUGAGACGAAUCUAAAAGUAGCAAAAUCAGCUGAUCCAAGCUUGGGAAUAGCGACAUCUGUUUCCAAUGUUUCAGUAGAAAAUAAAGUUUCUGAGUCUUCUUUGAUGGUCGAUGAAACUGUAAAACCUUCGCCUGGAGUGGAGACUCUUGUUAACCAGGAUACUAUGCUUGUUGGCUCAAAAAAUCCUGUAGGUGGAGAGCUGGUUGAGACGAGCCAGACAGUAGCCCCAUCGGUUUCCAAUAUUUCAGAAGAAAAUAAAGUUUUUGAUUCUAUGAUGGUCGAUGAAACUGUAAAACCUUCACCUGGAUUGGAGGCACUUGUUAUUCAAGAUACUAUGCUCGUUGGCUCUAAAUCUCCUGUGGGCGGAGAGCUGGUUGAGACGAACCUGAAAGUAGCAAUGUCAGCCAAUCCAAACUCGGGAAUGGCAACAUCCGUUUCCAAUGUUUCAGAAGAAACGAAAGUUUCUGAGUCUCUUUUGAUAGUCGAUGAAACUGUAAAACCUUCAGACGGAGUGGAGGCUCUUGUUGAUCAGUCUGAUGGUACUUCAGCUCAAGCCACUGAUACAAAAAGCCCUGUGGACAAGGAUUUGCUUGAGAUAAACGAAGCACGUCAACCACUAGAGUCUCGGGAUCAUGUUUAUGCGCAAAGUUUUCCAGCUUCUAAUGCUGAUUUCGCUGAGGCUUCUAACAUACAAGCAGAACCAUCUUUAUCACCUUCAGUUUCUCCAGGAGCAUUAAAAAUGACUGAAAAUAUAUUUGGACUGAAAUCAAAGGAGCCCUUGGAAACUGUUCCAGUUUGUUCUGCUGAUGAUGUUGAAGAUUCCAAAAUGCCUUCAGCGUCCAAUGAACAGAGUUCUCCAAAGAAAGCUGAGUCUCCUGAAAUUCAUGAUUCUCAUGGUGUUGAUUCCGAUUGUCGCAUAACUCCUAUUUUUUCAGCUGAGGUUUAUGAUGGCAGCAAGUUUUCUGGAAGUAGUACAGAGGUACCUGAAAAGUUGAAUGAUUCUGUGACUAAAGGCACUUUGGAGAUGAUUGUUUCCGUACCUGAAAAAGUUCUAGAAAAAGAGUGUGUGACAUCUAAUUCUGAUGAUCCGAAGUGUGUCGUUGAUCCUGAGAAAAAGGAUUCAGUAGGUGUUACGUCUCAGUGGGGUGAUGCUGCCAGAGAAACAAACGUGCCUCUAAUUCCUUCUGGCUCUAGUGAUGCUGUUGCUUCUGGAAAAGCUGAAAUAAUUCUGGCAGGCCAUGCUUUGACUUCUCCACCUGAUAUUUCAACUGAGGGAGCUCUUGCAGACCAGAUUGUAAUAGAAGAGGCUUCUUCUGGUCUCAAAAUUUCAUAUAAACCAAGCAAUGAGGAAAAUUUGGUCUCAGAUAUUCCUCGCCCUGUGUCUGGUGAUCCGAUUGGAUUGGUUGCAAACAAAGAUGGCGGCACUGAGUUGUCUAUGGUUGCUGAGGAUGCCGAGAAUGACCUUGUCAAGAUUCCUGGUGUUGAAGCAGAUUCUUCUUUGGAAAGUUGCACUGCAAUUAAGCUUGUCGAAGUACAGUUGUCGCAAGGAGAACCCUCACAUAACGGUCAUGGUGAUACACAUCAUAUGAAUAUAGUCCUGGCAGAAGAAAUACCAUCUUCAUCAAUAUGUGGCCUAUCUGAGUCUAUUGCAUCUGGGUCGACAACUGCAGAACCUCUACCGAAAGAACAGCAGGAUACAAAUCUUGCUUUUGAAGUUGCUGGUAAAAGAGAAACUAUCCCGUUGGUUGGUCCAGUGCCUGAAAAUUUGCAAGAACACGGGGAUGAGCCUGCAUCACCUCAAGAAGCAGCAAAGAACAUCGUGGAUUUCCAGUCUGAGGAAAAUCGGUCUCGGAGUAUCUUGCCAGACGAUGUGCCAGAAAAAUCAGAAGAUGAAAACUGUGAUGAAAUGGAUAUCUCCGGUUGCAGCAUUUCAGGGAAGACGCCUCAACCUUCAUCUUCUAUCCAGUCUAAGGAUGAGAAUGUCGAUAACUUGUCACAGCCUAAAAGGUGCGAAGGAUCUGGAGUAGAAAUAGCCUCUACUAUGCCGGUAAAUAAAUCAGCUAAUCUCCAGCUCUUGUCCACCAGUUUGGAUGAGCAAAAGGAUGCUGAUGAUGUAAUCAUUGAACCGGAAGAACCCAAAGAUCCUGAAGCUGGUAAAGUCGAUCAUAUUUGCAACACCGAUGUCCAGGCCUCUCCCUCUAUUUCAGCUGAAGAACAGAAAACUGGGAAUAUUAUGCAGCUAGAGGAAUGCAAAGAUCUUGAAGCUGGAAACGAUUAUACAUGUAACAGUGAGACAAGCGCUGCUAUGGACGUAGAUACUCCAGCUGAUGUCCAGCCCUGUGAGACAAGUGCUGCUGUGGACGUAGAUACUCCAGCUGAUAUCCAGCCCUGUGGGACAAGUGCUGAUAUGGACGCAGGUACUCCGGCUGAUGUCCAGCCCUCAUCGCCUCUUACAGUUGAGCGAAAGAACAUUGACGAUGAAGAACAAGUUGAAGUUGCCGGAUGUGAGAUUGCUGAUGUCUCAAGUGGGUGUUUGUCAGAACCUCAAGUUCAAUUACUUUCCUCUGCAGAGCAAGUGGGAGGUAUAGAGUCCCCUUCGUUUCUUCCAGUGAUGGAGGGAGAGAAAGCCGAGAACCCAUUGGACGAGAGAAACAUGCCUGAUGGUGAAGCCAGCCGUACAACUGUUUCGGUUCCGCUAGAGGAUUUGUCCAGAAAUCUAGUUGAAACUGAGGAGCCCACACAGAUGGGGAAAGAAGGUAAUGCAAGUGACCAUUCUGAAGAUAAUAUCACCAUAGGUGUCUUGGAGGAAAAAGAAGAAUCAAAGGGUCAACAAGAGCAUUUGUCUUCAACAUUAAUAUCUGAAGGAGAAAAGGCCGAGAACUCAUUGGACGAGAGAAACAGGCCUGAUGGUGAAGCCAGCAUUACAACUGUUUCGGUUGAGACACAGGAUUUAUCAAGUAAUCUAGUUGAUACCGAGGAACCUGCAGAGAUGGGGAAAGUUGGUAAUGCAAGUGACCAUUCUGAAGAUAAUGUGGUGGGGGAAAUAAAAGAAUCAGAGGGUCAACGAGAGCAUUUGUCUUCGACAAUAAUUUCUGAGGUAGAAAAGGAGGAGAACCCAUCGGACGAAAGAGACAUGCUUGGUGAAGCCAGUGGUACAACCGUUUCGGUGCAGCCAGAGGAUUUGUCCAGGAAUCUAGUCAACACUGAGGAGCCCACACAGAUGGGGAAAGAAGGUGAUGCAAGUGACCAUUCUGAAGAUGAUGUAGCAAUUGGUGUCUUGGGGGAAAAAGAAGAAUCCAAGGGUCAACGAGAAAAUUUGUCAUCAGCAUUAAUUUCUGAGGGCGAAAAGAAAGAGAACCCAUCGGACGAGAAAAACAGGGUUGAUGGUGAAGCCAGCGGUUCAACUGUUUCGGUGCAGCCUGAGGAUUUUUCCACAAAUGUAGUUGAGACUGAGGAGCCCACAGAGAUGGAGAAAAUUGGUAAUGCAAGUGACCAUUCUUCUGGCGAUGAUUUGGCAAUCAGUGUCUUGGGGGAAAAAGAAGAAUCCAAGGAUCAACAAGAGAAUUUGUCAUCAGCAUUAAGUACCGAGGAUGAGAAAAAAGAAACCUCCCCAAUGGAAGAUCCAACAGUUGGUGAUUUGGAUGAACUGGAAACAAACUGCUCCAUCUCAGAAUCUGACAUUAAUAGAGAAGAUGGUAAGAAAUGCGAAUCAGCUGACUUGGAUUCAGAGGCACCACCAGAGUCAGGAAACUCAGUCUCAGCUGCUAUUGAAGCAAGUUCUUCUGUUCCAUCAGAUCCCUUGGUCCCCGAAGAGAGCAAACCAGAGGAGUUAAAAGGCGGUGAAGACGUUUAG